AUGUACACUAUUAAAGUAGCAAAUGAUCCAAGAACAUGCAAUCGUGUUGUUACUUACCCACCAUCGAAGAAUAUCAUAUCACAAAAUGAGUUGAUAUCAUUGUGGGAGCAAAAAGCCUUACCCCCUCCACACAAUAUUCCAGUUCCCAUUCUUCAUAGUGUAUUUGUUAGAGGGGACCUCGUGAACUUUGAGCUACGGGAAAAUGACCUUGAAGCUUCAAGCCUAUAUCCUGAUUAUAACUACACAUCAAUUCAUCAACUUCUUGAUAUAUUUCUUGCUAAUCCUCCAACCCCUGCCUCUGCUGCUUUUGAGUGA